ACACAUUUCUUUUGCGCUCUCUCGGGAGCAGCACAGAGGAGCGGUGAGGAGUUUGCACGGGCACCAAACCUCGCAGCUCUGCAAAAAAGCCGGGUCACGCCGGAGGAGGAAGACCAGCUCCAUUUAUGAAUUCAACUAAGAGAGUGGAUUUGAAACUAAUAAUUAUUGGCACCUUGGGUGUAGGGAAGACCUCUCUCCUCCACCGGUAUGUUCACAAGAAGUUUUACGAAGACUAUCGAACCACUCUGGGAGCUAGUAUCCUGACUAAAAUGGUAGUUGUGGACAGCAGCCCGCUGAAAUUGCAGAUUUGGGAUACUGGAGGGCAGGAACGAUUCCGAUCCAUGGUAUCCACAUUCUACAAAGGCUCAGAUGGCUGCAUGCUGGCCUUUGACGUCACGGACAUGGAUUCAUUUCAGUCCUUGGAUGACUGGAGGGAAGACUUCCUACAGAAGGUCAUCCCUAUGGAUCAAGGCUUCCCUAUGGUUGUGCUGGGGAAUAAAAUUGAUUUGAAGGACCGACAAGUGUCCAAGGAGGCAGCUUUAUCCUGGUGCAAAGAAAAGGACAUUGCGUAUUUUGAAGUAAGCGCCAAGAAUGAUAUCAAUGUAGUUCAGGCUUUUGAGACCCUGGCAAGACAAGCACUAUCUAGGUACAAAGGGAUCAUUGAGAACUACCUAACCGAUUCUAUAAAGCUCACUCCUGAAGACCAGCCCAGGACAAAAUGUUGCUAAGAUGUCAUUUAGAAAGGGAUGACUUUUCUACUCUGUCCAAGUCUAAAGCUUGAUGUGUGGAAGAACCGCUGAAGUCUCUUGAGUCUUGCCCAUCAGGGUUGGAGGAAGAACUGAAGGGAUUCCCCCCACCCCAUUUUCCAGAAAAGAUGGGCAUUACUGGCCAUUACUGAGCAUGCAGAUGGAAAUCAGCCUGAAGCAUCUUGGUUACAUUAGCCCAGCAAAAUCGAACUGUGGUUCUGAUCCCUUUGUUCACAAAUUUCUAAGAUGCCACUGUGGUGCUUGGACUUGUUCUUCAAAGUACCUCCAGGAAAUAACUUGAUUCAUUUGUCGGUUCUCAAUUUAAUGCUGUCUCCCGUGUUUCAUCGUGGUCUGUUAGUUAAGGCUGGUAGGCAGCAAUCUCUCGAUCUUCAGCCUUUGAUAUCUUACCUGCAAAUACAGCACAUUCCUGAACAAGAGCUCAACAUAGCACAAUAUGAGCCAAAGCACAGAUCUCAGUACCCUCUUAGCAUGUAUAGAUUGAAUUUACAUCAGAAAUCCAAAACAUUCAUGUUUGUUCACCAAAUGUGCAAUAGCAACUGCUAUGUGAAGGUGUUACUAUAGGUACAGGGCUUUUGUAAAAAGUAAUUUUCAGAACAUAGACUUUUUUGUAUUUGCCAGAAUACUCCCAAAUAAUAAAAGCCUUUGGGUUCCU